AUGAGUACUGUAAACACGGUGGGGUACCGGAUUGGCGACGCGGUGAAGGUGUUGAGCAAUGAGGAAGGCUUUGUGGGAUCCUACUACGAGGCGACGGUGGUGGGUGUGUUGCCCGGCGGCAGAGGCUACGUAGUCCAAUACAAGACUCUGUUGACGGACGACUUUUCCGCGCCGCUGACGGAGAUGGUUCCUGCUGAUGAAAUCCGGCCGAAGUCGCCGAAUGUUUACGCUUACCUUUAUUACAUUUCGCAGAAAGUUGACGCCUUCGACAAUGAUGGUUGGUGGGUCGGCAAUAUCACCAGGCAUUUUCUCAUGUUUAACUUAGAUAAGUUUGAUGACUGGAAAGUACGUAUGCAGGCUCACUUGUCUGCCAUGCAUGAUGAGAUGUGGGACGUGAUAACUGAUGGACCCAUCCAAAUACUACAAGUGAACCCCAAUCGUGUUGCUACUGAUCCUACAUCACCAGCGAUGAUUCCGAAGGAGAAAUCCUUGUUAACCACCGAAGAGAGAACCCGAGUAAAUCUCGACAAUAUAGCCGAGGAUAUACUCUACAAGGCUCUGGACGAAUCAUUGUUUCCGAGAGUAAGAAAAUGUAAGAAUGAUAAAGACAUCUGGGAUGUACUUAUGCUCAUAGGUGAUGGAGACGAACAAGAGAAGGAGAACAAGUUAACAAUUGCCAUGAAGAAGUUUGAAGAUUUCAAACUCAAUCCAAAGGAGUCCAUAACUGAAAUGGAAGCUCGGUUCAUAAAGUUAUUGAUGGAGAUCAACGAUCUUGAUGAGAAAAAGCUAUCACAAAAGGAGAUAAACUUGAAGAUUCUCCGAGGACUACCCAAAAGCUGGGAAAUGAAAGUAGUAGCUAUGCGCGAUCAUAGAGACCUCAAGACAACGAGCACUACUAAGAUCUUUAGUGAUCUGAAAGCCUACAAGUUUGAGAAAGAAACACAAAAUGAUGAAGAACCUGAGACGAGAAACAUAGCCUUAGUUGCCAAUCAUCAACCUUCAUCAUCAACACCAAGGUCGAAUACUAAUCCCUCAUUUGAUUUUUUCACUGACGAUCAGCUUGCUUUGUUCAUGAGAAAGUUCAAAAGAUUCAUGCGAAAGAAUCAGUCCUACGACAAUUCUGACAAGAUGAGAAGAACGAAGUACCGAAGCAAUGACAAAGCAAGUGGAUCCAGAACACAUGAAAAAGAUGAAAUACAAGUGCUGUGUUACAACUGCCGAAAACCUGGAUACUUCAAAGCUGAAUGUCCGUAUCCCAUUGUUAAGAAGCAUCAGGACGAGCACAACUACAAGAAGAAUUCGGGAAACUAUCAUAACCCGAAGAAUGCACUAAAUGAUGCUGACGAGGAGCCAAACAAAAAUCAGAAGAAUGCACCAAAUUACUGCAUGUUCUCAAUGGUAACUUCAAUUCCUACUGAGCGACCAUGGUUCAAAAUAGCAGUUGUAGUCAAAUGGGCAACUAGAAAAGAUGCACAGACAGCGGAUGAUGUAGUUGAAGAAAUACAAGCUGAAGAACAAAAUGAUAUAAGAGUUGAUACAGAUGAUAAUGCAUUUGUUGGUUUUGAUGAUUUUGAUUUCAUGAGUACACAGGUUGAGCCACAAAAUGAUGGAAGAAAAAGAAGCAAUUCAAGUAAGAGAAAAAGGAGUAAUGAUGAAGCUAUCGAGAUAUGUGCUGAGAGUAUGCUUAAUGCUGCGAAGCUAAUAAGCAAUACAAUGUCAGAAGUUGGUAAGAACUUGUCUGAUGGCCUUCAAUAUGAUCGUGAUAUGGAUAUGUUUAAGAAGCUUGAUCGUGUAUUACAAGAGGUCGAUGGUUUGACUUUAGAUGAAAUGGACCUUGUUUCGUUAAAGCUCACUAAUCAUCCUAAUAAAGUCGCUUUUUUCCUUAGUCUUGAUCCUGAUCGAAGACUACAGUGGAUCAGAAGAUUUCUUGCUGGCCAUUAA